CUGACAGUCAAAAACUGGGAGGACAGUCUGGAGGAGAGGCACAGCGAAAGAAGAGGCGCUCCGGUGAAGUUAUCGUCGCCACGGUCGGCAGGCGAGUUUUCCGUGCGCUCAGGGAAGACUUCACAGAGACGCGGUGCAGAGCUGGAUCAGAUACCUGCUGUUUUGGAAGUACCGAGCAGAGAGACUGAGGAACUGCGCGACAUGAAAUCUUUAUCGAGUGGACGAUUAUAGUUAGAAAAAGUUACUGCUGCUGGCAGAGAAGAGGCUUCUUUUUCAAUUGGACCAUUGUCCUGAGGCAGCUGCUCUUUCAAUGUGGGAUACAGUUUUGGUGCUUUUGCCAGGCUGAAAUCCCCCAGGGUCAGGACCUCCCUCAUGGCAGCCUUGACUCCUCGGGCUGCUGCUUUUUGCAAUGCAGUCCCCCCCCAUCCCCUCAAGACCGACGAUGGCUGACGGGGGGCCACCUUCGCCUCCCACCUCACCGCCCGUCGACAACGGCACCACCACCCACCCAAACGGGACCCUCCAGCAGCUUCCUCAGAUUAUAAUUAUUGGCGUGAGGAAGGGGGGGACGCGGGCGCUGAUUGAAAUGCUCAGUCUGCACAGCGCCGUGGCGGCGGCACAGAACGAGGUGCACUUCUUUGACUGGGAGAGCCACUUUCAGAAGGGCUUGUCUUGGUAUCUCAGCCAGAUGCCCUAUGCCUUCCCCGACCAGCUGACGGUGGAGAAGACGCCGGCCUACUUCACCUCCAGCAAAGUCCCCAAACGCAUCCAUCAGAUGAACCCUGACAUCAAGCUGCUGCUCAUCCUCAGAGACCCCACGGAGCGGGUGCUCUCGGACUACACCCAGGUCUUUUACAAUCGCCUGCAGAAGCACAAGCGCUACCAGCCCAUCGAGUCCGUGCUGGUGAAGGACGGCGAGAUCAAUCUGGGAUACAAGGCUCUCAAUCGCAGCCUGUACUAUGUGCACAUGCAGAACUGGCUGCAGUACUUCCCACUGGAGAGCAUUCACGUUGUGGACGGGGACGAGUUGAUCAGGGACCCGUUCCCUGAGAUGAAAAAGGUAGAACGAUUCCUCAAACUGGAGCCCCAGAUUAACGCUUCGAAUUUUUACUUCAAUAAAACUAAAGGAUUCUACUGUUUGAGAGAUCACGGGCGAGAGAGGUGUUUACACGACUCAAAGGGCAGGGCUCACCCUCAUGUGGCGCCCGCCAUCCUGCAAAAACUCUACCAGUUCUUUCACGAACCCAACAAGAAGUUCUAUGAGCUGGUGGGUCGAACAUUCAACUGGAAAUGAACGUAGAUCUCAGUAGCUUGGCGUAUAGAGUUGCUCGGCGAUAAUCGCCACGAGCUGUCCUGUUUUCAUUACUAACAGUGUAGAUGAAGAGACAAAGCUAAUGUAAAUUUAAACUAAAUCUAUUUUUGUACUAGUACGUUUGUUAUGAUUGAGCCAAAUAUCAGGGCAGACUGCAGUUCAUGACAUGCUCUGCUGUUGCAUGUCUUAUUUUACCUUAUUCAAACAUGCAUUUUUACUGUCUUUCCAUACUGCUGGAAACACUCACUACUGCUCAGCUCGUCUGAUCAAAGCAGGCGACUUAUUAUAACAUUGAUAAUGACAUUCAGACAUUUAGACCAUGCCAGUUAAUAUGUUCCACAAAGUUAAGCACCAGGCAGUUUAAUAUUGUCAUACCCUCUUGUUUAACUUGAUAAUAUAUGACAUUAUUAACAUCUAAACUGCAUUUAGAGCUCUGAAGGACCUUUACCUGCUGCUAUGAUUUUCUCAGUUACUUUUGGGCACACGCCACAUACUGAAUAUGUAUUUGUCCUUUUUGUCACUCAAAAUGUUUCUUUAUGUAAGAGUCAGUUAUAUAAAUGCUCUGCGCACAUCGUAUAUAUUUGCCGAUCAUUAUGGUGUACUGUAAAUAGAUUUUUUUUUAAAGUGAAGAAUUAAUACCAUAAUAAAGAUGUAUUUUAUUUUUA